AUGAAUCUGCAAAGAGAUGAGUAUGUUCUUGGAAUCGAUUUCGGUACUACAAAUACUUGUGCCGCUUUCAUGACUUCCAGAGAACCUGAUCCGAUAACAGUACCAUUUCCUAAUGGUGCUCAUCUACUCAAAUCAUGUGUUCAAUAUGGUAAGAAUGCUGAUGUCGGAGAUGCUGCUUAUAAACAUUUGUCGACAGGAAAAGGUGGUAUCGUUCGGAAUGUGAAAAGAAUUCUAGGGAGAUAUUAUAGUGAUGAAAUUGUUCAGAGAUGUAAAACUGAAAAGCAAUGUGCAGUCGAUAUUGAAGAAGUCAAUGAUAAACCUGUUCUUCGUAUUGAUCGUAAUACCACGCUUGCUCCGAGUGAUGUUGCUUCCAGAAUUAUUCAACGUACUUAUGAAACUGCUGAUAAGUAUGUUAAACAAUCUUAUGGAAGUGAUAUGAAAUGUGUCAAAGUCAUGAUCACAUUUCCUGCUAAUUUCAAUAAUAAUCAACGUACUGCUACUCUUUUAGCUGUCGAGAAAGCUGGAAUUCCGAAAGAAAAGUUAAAAAUGAUGAAUGAACCUUCUGCCGCUGCUUUCCAUUAUUGUAAAUUGAAGCACAUUGAUAACCAAACAAUUCUUGUAUAUGAUUUGGGAGGUGGAACAUUUGAUGUAUCGAUAAUUCGUGUAAAUCGCGGAGAUUAUACAGUAUUGAAAUAUGCGGGUGAUCCAUUUUUGGGUGGAGCUGAUUUUGAUUCACUAUUUGCAGAUUAUAUCGAAAAGAAGUGUAAGAGCGAUUACCAUGUUCCAUUAAUACGAUCUAAUAAUGAGAAGACCCGUCGCAAACUACAAGCUCAUUUACUAUCAUUAGCUGAAGAAGCCAAAAUCGGAUUAUCAUCAAGUGAGACCACCUAUGUCGACUUGACUGGAUUUGGUAUUGACCCUAAGAAAUCAUUAGAAAAUGACGAUUCGGAUGACUCGGAUGAAGAUGAAUACUCUAUGAAAGUUACUCGUUCUGAACUGAACGAUUGUAUUCGAGAAAAGAUCAAUACUUCCAUUAACAUAGUAAACAAAUGUCUAUCAGAAUGUGGACUGAGUACGAGCAGUAUCGAUCAAGUAGUAUUAAUCGGAGGAUCGAGUCAACUAACCAUUGUCAAAGAACGCCUGGAAAAGAUGUUUGGAUCAGGAAAAGUGAGUGGCGGUGAAGUAAAUGCUGAGCUGGCUGUAGCUCGAGGAGCUUGCCAAACUUUAGUUAGUACUCUCAACUUGAAGGAUCGAGUUGUAUACAGUCUGGGACAAGAAUUGAAGAGAAACCGUGUUCAGUGUUUAAUACCAUGCCAAAGUGAAAUCCCAUGCACAAGUCGAGAGUCGGAAACAGUUCCUCCGAGGGAUUAUACAAGAUCGAUUAGCUGUGCGAUCUAUCAGGGAAAUGCUAAAAGUGUUGGUGAUAUCGAAAACCGAGAAAAAUGCGACUUAGUCGAAGAAUAUGUGAUCGACGGAUUUGACCCUGCUCCGAGAUCAGAGAUACAUUUUCUGACGACCUUCAAAAUCGAUGAAUACGGAAUUAUUCACGUAAUCGACAAACAUAAAGAGAAGAAUCAAAUACUGGUUGACAAAAUGUUUAAAUGGGAAGAACCUAUGUUAUAA